AUUGGUGAGCGAGCCAAAAAAUUGUUUGAAAAUUUAAAAAAAAGAUUCAGCAAGCAAAGAAAUAACUUUAAAAAAGUAACUAAAUCUGGAACAUCUCUGUCAGCUGUUGUUUCCUCUAAAACAAAAUUGAAGGACUAUAAUUUUCUACAGUGGUUAGUACCAUACAUAAAGUCUGGAGCAACAAAAACUAAUUUGUCAGUAUCAAAUACCGGCAGCGGCUCGACAAGUAAUUGUAGUUUGUUAACCAAUGAUGAAAUUGAGCAUGUCAGCUUACUAAAUGAAGACAAUGGCUGUCAACGAAUAAAGCCAGAUGAAGUAUUUGAUGAUAAGAUUACUGAUAUAUCUGAUACAACUCGACAUAAAAAGUGGUCAAAGACAAAAGUUGAUGUUGAGCAAGAAGAAAUACAGUUUCUUCAUUUAUUUGGAAUGCUUGUUGCCUCCCAGUUGAAGAAGUUAAAUACACAUGAACAGGCCAUUGCUAAGCAUCAGAUUCAAAAUGUUGUUUUCAAUAUGCAAAUGAAUCAAAACCCAACAACGAAUUGUUCUCUUCAGAAUCAGGCUUUAUAA